AUGAGUGAAAAGCCUGUUGAAGGUAAACCUGUUGAAAGUAAAUCAACAGACCUGUCUGUCAAACCAGAUGCUAAGGAUAAAACCCCAAGCAAAAGUGUAGAAACUUCAGAAGAAAAGAAACUCUCUAAUAAAGAAUUAAAAGAGUUAAAGAAGAAAGAGAAAGCAGCUAAAAGAGCAGCUCAAAAAGAAGCUAAUGGUAUCAGUCCAGAACAACAAGAGAAACUAGCUGAACAGAAAAGAGAGAAAAAACAACAACAAACCACCAAUUCCAAUUUAAAGAAACAAUUAAUUCAAACUGUUAUUAAAGAUGAUAGUAAGAAGAAAGUGCCCACAUUAUUCAGUCAUUUAGAGACUAGAGAACAAAGAAAUGCAGCAUCUCCUUCAAUUUCACAUAUUGUCCAUCCAGCCAUUUUAUCAUUGGCUCUUAAAAUCUCCAGUUAUAAGAUUGUUGGAUCAAUACCAAGAUUAAGAAGUAUGUUGGAAGUAUUCAAGAUUAUUAUUGAAGGUUAUAUUACUCCAAGUAAUACAACAUUACAAAGACAUUUAACAGGACAUUUAUCUCAUCAAAUUGAAUAUUUGAAAAGUGCUAGACCACUUUCAGUUUCAAUGGGUAAUGCCAUUAGAUGGUUAAAACAAGAAAUUAGUCAUAUAUCACUUGAUUUAAGUGAUAUUGAAGCUAAACAAAUAUUGUGUGAAAAGAUUGAUGAUUUUAUCAGAGAAAAAAUUGAUUUAUCCGAUAGAGUUAUUAUUGAAACAGCUUCCAAACAUAUUAAUAAUGGAUCAACAAUUUUAACUUUUGGACAUUCUCAAGUUUUAGAGAAUUUGUUCAAAUAUUGUGCUUUAGAACAAGAUAAACAUUUUAAUUUGAUUAUAGUUGAUUCCAGACCUUUAUUUGAAGGUAAAACCUUAUUCAACAAUUUGAUUGAAACCGAAACUUCACCUAAUGUUGAUGAUCUUGCUUCGGAAACUAGUUCUGUUAGUAGUCGUGGACCCAAAUCCAAACCAAUUACUCAAGAUCAUAUAAAGAUUCAUUAUGUUUUGAUAAAUUCUUUAAGUUCCACUAUUUUAGAAGACGUCGAUUGUGUUUUCUUAGGAGCUCAUGCCAUGUUAUCCAAUGGUCGUCUUUAUUCAAGAGUGGGAACAGGAUUAAUUGCCAUGAUGUGUCAUGCCAGAAAUAUUCCGGUUUUAACAUGCUGUGAAUCAGUUAAAUUCUCCGAUAAAGUUCAAUUAGAUUCCGUCACCAAUAAUGAACUAGCAGAUCCUGAAGAUUUAGUUUCUAAUAUCAAUUCCAAACAACCACCUAAAAAGAAAGCUUUUGCUUUAGAACAAUUCAUAAAACAAAUAGAACACGAAAAGAAAAAUGAAGAAAAAUCUCCUAAAGGUAAAAAUAAUGUUAAUAAUAAGAAUAAAUCAAAGAAAGAUGAAGACGAUAAAGAUAAAGCACCAUUAAGUAAUUGGAAAGAUAUUCCAAAUUUGAAUAUCCUUAACAUAAUGUAUGAUUUAACCCCACCAGAGUAUAUAAAGAAAGUUAUCACUGAACUUGGAGGCCUUCCACCUUCAUCAGUUCCUGUAAUUUUAAGGGAAUAUAGAAGUACAUAA